AUUUCUGCCGUCGUUCAGUUCUGUACAUGCGCAGUAGAGUUGUGGCGCUGUUCGAUAUUCAAAUUCUCGUUACGUCACCAUUCCUUCGCCCAACUAAGCCAGCGAAAAUGGCUCCUCCGGAAGAGUUCGAGGUUGAGAAACUGCAGGCUCGCAGGGAGAUGAAGGGUCGAGUGGAGUUCCUGGUGAGAUGGAAGGGUUACGGCAGCGAGGAGGACUCCUGGGAGCCCAUAUCAAACCUGGAGGGGUGUGUCGACAUGAUACACGCCUUCUACGAGAACAGACGGAGAUUCCUGCUGAAGAAGCAGCAGCAGAUCGAGAACAAGAUCAUUGAACGCGUCACCUCCUCCAACCCCAAUCAGCCGUCCCGAUCCAGGAGUAGAAUUCUUAGUGAGAUGCUGCCAGGCAAUGCAGUUCCCAACGGUUCCGGCCCCAACGGGCCCACUACCACACGGUCGCUGGAGCGUGGUGCGUCCCCUCCGAGGAUCACUGAGAUCAAGCAGGAGCCAGGCAGUCAACCCGUCUCACCUAGAAGGUCUCCUGCCGCAAGGCAACAAAAGUCGCAGUCUCCCCGUCGGUCUGUGUCGCCCAAACGGCAGAGGUCAACGUCCAUGAGCAAAGAGGAAACACACGCACAGGAAGCCCACAUACCUUCGGCCAGAACUGCAUCACCUAAGAGAAAGCGCAAGUCACCUUCUCCAGCAAGAAGAGCCAAAAGGAGACACAGGGAAGCACCUUCUGGCCAGGAGAAGGAUAUUGAGGUCUCCAGCACAACCACUUCUAUCAGCGAUGCCAGUGAAGGCAGCAGCUCUUUCUCUGUUGGAGCUGAAAAUGAACACGUCGUCCCCAAAGUACUUCCAACCCCCCCUAGUAGGAGACCAAGCUUGCUGAUGGGUCCAACCUCUCCACAUCGACAGAGAAGUCUCUCGUUCUCAGCGCAGAAAUCUCCAAGUGAUCCUACCAGCCCGACCAGAAGAAUGCCAUACCAACCAGGAAGCCCACUGAGGAUGCUGCCUGCUGACAAUUUCCCCUUAUCCCACAGCAAGCUGUCAGAGCUCCCCAUGUCUGAGAGUUUAUCUGUGACGUGCCCUGAUAGUGUCAAACAAAUGACAACCCAGCAGCUGUCGCCAGUCGUCACGAUAAACCCUUUGUCGGCAGAAGAGAUUUCUCAGAAAAGCGAGGCACCGAUCUCCAGACGGACGAGAAGUCGGGCGUCAGAGUCUGUUGAGGUCAAUGUCAAUGGAGACACAGAAUCUGAUGACACAGAGAGCCACUCAUCGGCCAGUGUUGUCGAAGUCGGUAGAGUUGUAAAGAGGAGAUCUCCCAGGAAAUCUGGCCCCAAAACCCUUGAGGAGGACCGGACGAAAGCAAGUGAAAGCGACAGCGAUGACAGUGAGGUCUCGACGAGACGGCCCCUGCCUAGGAAAGUCAAGAGACCGGGGUCCAAGUACAAACACAUUGCCUUGAGGAGUGAAGAGGGAUACACUCACAUAAAGCUCCUACCCAGCUGCAGAGGCAAGCCAAUGUUUAGACCACAGGGUAUGAAAGAAUUGACCAAUGCCUUAAACGAGAUAGAAGAUGACGACGACAGUAAGCUGCUGCUUCUGAGCGGAUCGGGAAGCAUCUUCUGUGCGGGGAUAGACAUCACCUACCUGGCAACCCAGGGCUUCCAGAGGAGGAGAAGAGCUGCAGCUGAGCUGGCUGAACCUUUGAGGGAGCUGGUGGAGGCGCUGAUUGAAUUCUCCAAGCCGAUUGUGGCAGCCGUCAACGGUUUUGCAUUUGGCUUCGGGGCGGCGCUUCUCGGCCUGUGUGACAUUGUGUAUGCCAGCGACAAGGCUGUGUUCCAGAUGCCAUACAUGCAGAUUGGACAGACGCCAGAAGGGUGCUCCUCCUACACCUUCCCGCUGGUGCUGGGCACAGCACUGUCCAGUGAUGUCUUGCUGGCUGGCCGAAGACUAACAGCAUCAGAGGCUUACAGCAAAGGACUGGUCUCACAAGUCUUCUGGCCGACCAGCCUUAUGGGGGAGGUCAUCCCAAGAGUGCUCAAAAUGACAACCUGUUCUGCUAAGGCACUUGCCAUGUCCAAGGCCUUGCUAAGGCAGCAACACAAAGCCAAGCUUCUGGCAACCAAUGAGGCCGAGUGUGACAUGCUCAGAGAACGUUGGGAGGACAAGGAAUGUUUCCGAAAGAUCAAGUCUUACGUGGACAGGGAAGGACUAUCCAGCUAAGCCGACUUUCUGUGAGAGGCUACGGCUGGUUUGUACAGACUAAUUAAUGCUUAUGUAUGACGUAAAAA